AUGAGAAUUCAUUCUCAAUGGUCAACAUGGUCACAAUGGAGUGAAUGUACACUCACAUGUAAUGAUGCAGGUCAACGUUUUCGUCGAAGAACAUGUCUGGGAACUAAUUGUGCCGGACAUUCAUUUGACUAUGAACCGUGUAACAAUCGACCUUGUCCUUUACAGUUAAUACGUGCAAAAGGACGUCUAUUUGGUGAAAUUAACAAUAUUGAAUUUGGAUAUAGUCCAAAUGAAUUAUAUCUUCAUACGACACUAUCACAACAUGAGUCAAUUAUUCUGACAACUCUUGUUGGAAUAGAAUCAAAUUUUCGAGAAAUUUUACAAAAUUUAAUUUCAAUACUUUCACCAUUAUACUGGAAUUUAGCAAGAGAAGUUGAUAAUGGAAAAAAUUUUCUUUCAUUAUGUAAUGGAUAUUUUCGACGUGAUACAAAUGUUUAUUUUGAAAAUGGUGAUUUAUUAACGAUAUCUGAAAUAUCAAAAGGCAUUGAUAAUUAUAAUAAUCUCGAUUAUGAUAUUUUUAUUAAUGGAAAAUCACCUCAUGGAACAAAUACAAAUUUUAUUCAAUUUACACCCUAUAUAGAAACUAUUCUUAAUACUGGUCCUGAUUAUUGUUCAAAAAUGAAUAUAACAUCAACAUUUUAUUCUACUAAACAUCAGCAUCAUUAUGGUGAUGAUGAUGAACUUCAUCUAAUACUAAAUUUAUUUGAAAUAUUUUUAUUAGCAUUUAUUAUUUUUGAACAUACACUAUUGUUUAUAAUUACAUUUUCUUCUUCAUCAACACAACAACAAAACCAAGAACAACGGCAACAUCAAUUGCAAGAAAAUAAGUCAAAACUAAAAUCGACAACAUCUUUUCCUAUUUUUCUCUUACGUUCAUGUGUAAAUCGAAAUUGGAUUCGAGCAUUUUCAUUUUCAAAUAUAUUUCUAGCCAUUGUCUAUUUAACUAGUUUAAUAAUUAAACGAUAUAAUAAUAAUAAAUUAUUACAUUCUGGAUCUAUAACAUAUUUAUCAAUAUCUAUUACAUUAUUAACACAAAUAUUUCAAAAUUUUUUUACAUUUCAAAAUUUUAUAUUAUCUAUAUGUAUCGUACACUUUUUUUUCACACAUUGUAGACUAUAUUUAAGUCAAAUACAAACAGCACAACAUUUACCCUAUAGACCAAAACAAAUUAUAUUAAAUACUCAUAAAAAUAUAAUAUUAAUUGUCUCGGUAUCAUUAGCAUUAAUAUUUGGAUAUAAUUUUAUAUUUUAUAUGCCUAAACAUUCUUUAACCACUGCAUUAUUUCCAUUGUUAUUAAUUAAUGUUCUUAUUUUACCAUUAUUAAAUAUACUUGUUAUUUUAACGUGUAUUAUCGAUGUAUGUUUAGCAUUUUAUAUUAAAUGUAAAAAACGUCAACAAUGUCAAUAUCUUGAUAUUCGAACAUAUUUACAAUCAAAAACAUGUAUUAAAUGUUUUAAUCAUAUUUUACAAGAAUAUCCAACAGUUUUAGUUGAUAUUGAUCCAUAUUCAACAUUACAAUCAAAAUUUUUAGCUUCUGAUACAAAUAAUAAUAGAUCACCUAAUAGUACACGACAAUCAUUACAACAAUUAACACCACCAAGACAAUCUUCAAGUUAUGAAUAUUUACCAAUGACAGUAACACCAAAAACAAAUAUAUCAUCAAUUCCAACAUCCUAUGUUAAAUUAAAACCACGUACAUCUUAUCCAUUUCAAACUGAUAAACCUAUUAUUAAAAAUCGUUCACAUACUGAUUGUGAAAUAUUAUGUGAUACAAGUCAUACAACUACAAUUGAUAUUCAAAAAUCCACACAAAAUUAUUUAUCAUCAACAACACAAAUACCAUUGACAACAACAACAACGACCAGUCAUUCAUCAUCAUUAGCACCAUUAUUAACAAUUAAUAAAGAUCAAUUAUCAUGUAGACUAUGCUAUUAUUAUUUAACAAUAUUUACAUUAAAAUAUGCACUAUUAUGUUUACCAAUGAAUAUUCUCGAUAUGUGGCCAUAUAUUUUACAGUUAAAACGAUUAAUUUUUACCGGGAGUCAUCUUGAUCCAGUAACUGAACCAUCCACUGCUUCAUCGGUAUCAAUAUCUGAUGAUCAUAUUUAUACAUCAAUUUGUCGUUGUUUAUUUCUAUUAGCACGUCUCGGUGAUGGAUUAUUAUUAAUAAAAGUAACAUUUUCUAUUAUAAAUUAUUUACCGUGUUGGUGUCAAUUAAAUUGGUGUAAACAAAAUAAUGAUGAAUUAAAUGAAUCAAAUGAACAUUUAUCAUGUGAUGAAGAUUGUCCACCAUCAGAUUUAAUUCAUAAAAAACCAUCAAAUUAUCGUCAUCGACGUCGACAUUCACCACGUCGUUAUAAAAUUAAAAUUCGUUUUGAAUCUCUCUACAUUCCACAUGAACAAAAACUGACAUGGACAAUUGAAAAAGCUACUGUUGUUAAAAAUGAUCAACGAGAAAAAUGUCCAACAGGAUUUCAACGAGAUUAUCAACAAUAUUGUAAAGAUAUUGAUGAAUGUUCAUUAAAUUCACCAUGUUCACAUCGUUGUAUAAAUACAAUGGGUGGUUAUUACUGUUUAUGUCCCGAUGGUUUUGAAUUAGGUUAUGAUUUAAAAACGUGUUAUGAUAUUAAUGAAUGUGCAGUGAGAGAAAAGUAUUGUGAUCAAGAGAAAAAAGAUUGUUUUAAUACAUUUGGAUCUUUUAAAUGUUAUGACAAAUGUGAACGAGGAUUAAGAAGAGUAAAUGAUGAACAUUAUUGCGUGGAUAUCAAUGAGUGUGUAGAACUACCAAAUGUAUGCGAUCAAGUAUGUGAAAAUUUGUAUGGAUAUUACAGAUGUUCAUGUCAUCGUGGUUUUCAGUUAGUCGGUGGAUUGAGAUGUGAAGACUUGAAUGAAUGUGAUACUGGUUUACAUAACUGUCGAUCAAAUCAACAAUGUCACAAUCUUUAUGGAUCAUUUCAAUGUCUAGAAAAUUGUCAACCAGGUCUAAUGCGAUUGUCAGAUGGAACUUGUGCGCCAUUACCAACUGCACAUUUUUGUCCAUCAGGUUUCAUUUAUCAUAAUAAUAAUGGAACAUGUACAGAUGUUGACGAGUGUGUGAUAAAUAUGAAUCAAUGUCAACAGUCCGUGUGUGAAAAUCUACCAGGUUCAUACCGUUGCUAUUGUCCACUGGGCUAUAAACAAAAUACUAAAACUGGAAAAUGUCACGACGUCAAUGAAUGUGUCGAUUUUAAUAUUGAAUGUGGUCAAGAUAGAAUGUGUUUUAAUAAAUAUGGUGAAUAUGAAUGUGUCGAUAUACCGUGUCCAUCGCAUUAUGAGCGAACAAAUAUAACAGGACUGUGUAUUUUGAAAUGUUCAAAUGCAUGUGAAUUAUAUUCAUCAAAUAUUCAAUACAAAUUUAUUGCAUUGCCACGUAAUUUACCCGCUGGAGAAAAUAUUCUACAAAUUGAAUUGAACAAUGCGAUGAACAAUAUUGAAUACAAAAUUGUUAAACGUCUAGAACACUUACCUUUUACAUUAAAAACAAAAAAGUCCGAUAAAUCGACAUCAUUAACUACAACACAAAUGUUAAUCGAUAAAAUCGAUUAUGAAUUUGAAAUAACAGCAUCGCUCACAAAAAAUAGACAACAGCGUCGUCGAUCAAAUAGACGUUUUAUACGUAAACAUCAAAAAAUUCAACUUCAUACGACAUUUAUUAUACGUGUUAGUAUAUCAGAAUAUCAUUUUUAA